AUGGCAGUCGGGAAAGUGACCUUCACCAAGGCGGAGAGGGAGAAGCUAGCCGAGGUCCUCUGGCUGCUCAACUGGAUCUCUGUAGUGACAGGAGCAAUCCUUUUUGGCUUGGGUUUAUUCCUCAAAAUUGAGAUUCUGAAAUGGCAGGAAGUGAUGUCGGACCCAGGGAUCCUCUAUGUGCCACAUAUGCUGAUCACCACGGGCCUGGCAGCCUGUGGCAUCAACUUCCUGGGGGGGAAGAUCUGCCUGGACUGUGCUGACACCAACAAGUUCCUGCGCUGGAAGCUGGUGAUGAUGCCAUACGUCGUUUGCACCUUCUUCUUUACCUCCUGCGUCCUGGUGGGGGCGCUGAUGUGCUACAGCAUUCGCAGUCAGCUGGAGGAGUCUCUUUUCCUGGGCCUGAGGAAUGCCAUGCGGUACUACAAGGACACGGACACACCAGGCCGCUGCUACCUGAAGAGAACUCUGGACCUGCUGCAGAUCCAGUUCCACUGCUGUGGGAACACUGGGUACCGGGACUGGUUCCAGGUCCAGUGGAUCAGCAACCGUUAUCUGGACAUGACCAGCAGUGCUGUGGUGGACCGCCUGAGGAGUAACGUGGAGGGAAAGUACCUGAUGGACGGCGUCCCCUUCAGCUGCUGCAGCACCUUCUCCCCUCGGCCCUGCAUCCAGCAGCAGGUCAGCAACAGCUCCGCCCACUUCAACUACGACCGACAGAGCCAGCAGUUGAACCUGUGGAGGAGAGGGUGUCGACAGGCCCUGUUGGACCACUACACCGGCAUUAUGCAGUCCAUCGGCCUGACUGUGCUCCUCAUCUGGCUGUUUGAGCUCCUGGUUCUGACAGGGGUCCGUUACCUGCAGACGGCCAUGGAGAACGUUCUUCGGUUGGGUGAUCCAGACUCAGAGUCGGAUGGUUGGAUUCUGCAGAACAGCUUGGCAGAAACAGCCCGGUCUAACUUCAACAUCAUCAAGAACCUGGGAAAGUGUUACCAGAUGGAUGAUGAUCCAAAUAUCAAUGUACCGACUGGCACUGCUGAGCAAGAGGUGCCAUCCCAGCAGGUCCAGAUCCCUGUGACCAGCUAG